CGUAUGUCUGUCUGCAAAAAAAAAGAAUUUUCGAGGUAAAUAUGAACAGUACAAGUGUGACGAAGUACAGGUAAAGGGUCAAUACGUCUACCUUCGACACACGAGUUAAAUAAAACACUUCUAAGGUACAUCACUUGACAUAUACGUUUAAAAUAUGUUCAAUAGAAUACAGGUACGAUCUCCAUUGCCCAGAGCUAUCCUUAUGCUCUGGGUAAAAGAUACAUUUCAACAAAUAGCCCUAUAAAAUGGAGAAGCAUCUCAGAGAAGCUAUCUCAGUCGCAACUAGCUGUUCCUCACAGUAACAUUGUCUUUCGAGUUUCGAGAGUGCAGGAAGCUUUUAUCGUUUCUAGUAUCACUAUGGCCUCUAAAGAGUCUAACAAGCCAUCUCCGACAAGAGUGCCGAAUAUCGACGAUACGGUGUCAAAGCUGUACACCGGAUUGUCCGCACUACAGCAACAGUCCAAGAGCUUCCAGAAGCGAGACAUUGAACAACUUCUAAAGGCAGCCCUGGGAUGCGCUGAUAGCACUCAAAAGUACACACCUUCGUCCGAUACGUCCAGCUUCCUGCACAGCGACGACAGCAACGACAGCAGCCGCCUUCUGAUCGCUUCUGAGAGCGACCACAGUGACACCCAGUCCAACCACAGCGAACAGUCGGAAUCGAGCGGAGCGACAUUUACCAGCACCACUUCAACCCUCAACGACAGCCGGGCAGUUACCGUCAUGAAGAAGCUUCACCCUUCCCGUCCACUCAGUCGAUGGCAUUCGCUGGUUGCGGCGAACAACGAGGAAAUUCCGAUCGUAUACCACAAGAGCAUGGCUCGCCAGUUCCCGGUCAAGGAUCGCACCCCGGAGCAGAUGGAAAUGCGUCGCCGAAAUACGGAAGCAGCUCGUGUCAGCAGGGCAAAGUCGAAGAUGGCAGAAGUUAUGAUGGAGAAGGAAGCAUCACAGCUCGGUGCAGCGAAUACAUCCAUCAAGGAAAUGAUCGCUUCACAGCUGGCCUACGCAAACGAGCUUUGUAAGCUGCUAGACAUGCCAGAGGUGAAAUUGAAUACUUUCAAACGAGUUGGACAGGAUGGCGCCAAAUAG